AUGGCGACGAAGCUGGAGAAGAUGGUAAUCGAUCCAUUUGGGAAACUCUAUUAUGAUGGUGAGUGGAGUUGGACCAAUGACGAUGCUUCAGAUUCACCUUGGGUUGAAAAACGUCGCCCUUUUGUCUGUCAACAGCUAAAGGAAGUGAAGACUGAUGCUCAAACUACUGUUUCAGUUCCGAAACACUGCAGGGUUUUAUCAAGUGGAUCAAUGCUUGUGAGUCAGAAUGAGAGUCAUUCCCCCUAUUAA